CAUAAGAAACAUUGUAGAAUUCCUCCUGUUGCCACUGAAAUUUCAAGUUCAAGCAAAUUAAAUAUUAUAUGCAAGUUUAAAGUUUAAACUGAAAGAGAUAUAAACCAUUCUUCCUCCAAUUUACGGAUAUCAUGCACACCAAGAACUCAGCUCAAAUGAAUAAUCGAGCACAAGAUUUUCGGUAUUGCAUAUCAUAAGAUAAGCAAAACCUAGUACUUUCUUGGUGUCGUGUUCCAGCCAUUGACAACCAAACAAUCGCAGCUACGACAAACUAUGACUUUGUAGUUUCCAUCUCUAGUUGUCAUUCGAACGGCCUGCAGAAGGAUUACAAAGUUACAAAAACAGUCUCGCGCCUUUCCUCGAAAAUGCAAUCCUGAUAGCCCCCUAUAAAUGGGGUCCUUGUUGCAACUCAAAGCACCGCACUAACCACACUUGCUAUCAUAGAAAAAUACCAUAUCCCAUUUUUUCUAAUUCUCUCCUUCAUGGCUUCCAAAAUUUUCAACAUGAAAUUCUUCUCACUGCUAAUAUCCUCAUUUGCCAUCAUCCAAAUGGCAACAGCCGGAGAUGCAGACAUCCUCUCUGAUUUUAUAGUUCCUCAAAACGUCACCACGGUUGAUGCAAACUUCUUCACGUUUAUUGGCCUGCGAUCCCUUGUUGGGUCAAACCCUCCACCAACCUUCAAGGUUUCAAAAGCAAGUUUGGUUGAAUUCCCGGCACUCAAUGGACAGAGUGUUUCCUAUGCUGUUCUUCAAUUCCCGGCUGGCACUACUAAUCCACCUCACAUCCAUCCUCGCUCGGCCGAGCUUCUUUUCUUACUUGAUGGUACUCUUCAGGUGGGGUUUGUUGAUACAACCAACAAACUCUUCAAUCAAACACUACAAACGGGUGAUAUAUUCGUGUUUCCCAAGGGACUUGUGCACUUCCAAUACAAUGCUGAUGCGAACAAAUCUGCUAUAGCUAUUUCAGCUUUUGGGAGUGCAAAUGCUGGAACUGUUUCAAUUCCCACUACUUUGUUCACCACUGGCAUUGACGACACGAUCUUGGCUAAAUCCUUCAAGACCAACGUUGCCACCAUUCAAGCUCUUAAGGCUGGUCUUACUCCCAAGCCUUGAGGAUGGCACGCUUUACAAUCAGUAGCGACUUCUAAGACAUUUCAUUGUUCUUUGGUGUUUUGUGCUUUUUUUCCCCCAAGUAUUAUUAUUUUUUUCUAAGCCAAUGAAUAAUUUACCUUGCAAGGGUAUGUGUUGCCACAUUUGUCAGCAUUA